AUGGCACCGAUUCAGCUGCUCGACGACCUCUGGGGCGUUGUCAUAUCCCACCUUCGGCGUCCCCUACCCACCCCGAACGGGAAGAAUGAGUGGAGAUCCGUCUCUCAACCGGACCUCAUCCGGUGUUUGGAAUCACUGCGCAGCUCAGCACCUAUACAAAGUCGUCGUCACGGACCGUCCAGCCCAGCCGCCCAGCUCGCCGUCGGUAUUCUGGGAGGGACGGACGGAGGUGUUCCAGCUGCACGAGGCAUCAAAUCCAAAGCCCAGCUAUUCGGUUAUGAGCGACUAUUCCUCGAAUACGGACCCACCCCGGAGAAUAACGGGCCCACAUAUCACCAGAUCAUGAAGGCCAAGGCCGGUUCUAGGAUGUUCGACUUUAUCGCCCCUGAUGGUCGGAUGCGCAAGCAUCUGAUCCUCCAGGAGGCGAAUGGAAUAACCGCAGGCAUCUCUGCCAGGAGACGUCAUCUCAUCCGGCUGAAAGGCGUUGCCACCGGGGCAUUCCUUGACGGACAGAGGCGCACAUACCCUCGGCGAUGGGCGUCGAAUGAGGAAAUGAAGGAGAUGUCGCCUACCAUCCAGAAGGCACAGUUCGUUCUUUCGAGUCUGAUCGACCGGCCAAGGGUCAUUACCUUCUGCCAACGGAUCGAAAACGGUCCCCUGGCCUACUUGGCUCUCAUCGACUACCCCAAUGCCGGCGGCGGGAAAUUGCUCCAACACCGACUGCAUGUCGAGUCCCUCGAAUGCCAGGUCCCCGUCGUCUUUCGCGGCCAAAGCAGGUGGUACCUCACCACACACCUCCUCCUCGGCGAUGACGCGGCGAGGUUCCAGCAGGGCUCGGAGCUGGUGGUGAUGAGCAUCGGCAACCUGAUCGAGAGUCGGGAGGGAAAGAUCAAGAACUGGUUGAAGGAAGAGGGGAGACGGAGGAUUGCAAAGGAUCCGAGUCUGACGUUGGGAUCGAUGGCGGAGGCGCCGCCCUGCGAGGUGUGUGGCUGGUGCUCGGACGAUAUCCCCCCCGAAUCAUAUGACUGGUUCGCCAUCAACCGGCGGGACAGCGAAACUGGCGAGAUUGUGGUGACCAGAGAGCCUAGGUGGCAGGAUGAGGACACUGAUGAGGGCGACGAGGAAGACGAUGGGGAGUAUAGUGAUGAGGAGCCCCUACGUUCCUAUAGCUCGAACCUUGUAGCUCCUGUACCUUCCUGUACUCCAUGUAGGCGGCAUGCCGUACGGCCGCAAGCUCAUGCGCUCUUGCCCGAAACCCGCCCGAUUAGCGGAGCUGUCUUUGAUUUUGCGUACACCUUACUCAUGUCACACUCGACCAUGUCUCAUUCUACCAGCGAGAAGAGCGCGACGAGCCAAAAGGAGCGAGCGCAGCUGCCGCCGGAGAUAUGGGUCCAGGUCUCAGGCUAUUUGCAGAAGCCCCUCCCUCGCCCUACUGGCAAAUGCCAGCGGUCCGAUAUACGACAGACGUCGCUCGCAGUAGCCAUGCGCGUUUCGAAACUGUUCAAUAACAUCGCCUCUCCCCUCCUGUAUAAGAACGUGAUCGCCGACGACUUCUCCCUCCUCACCGCCAACCUCUUUGGCGGUCCAGCUGCGAAAGGUAUACAAAGCAAAUCGCAGCUGCUCGAGCAAUGUCAGCACCUCUACCUCGAGUACUCAUCUUUCGCGCCAACUUACCUCGAAAUCAUGCGAGACGGCCCCCGCGCUCGAGCCAAAUUGCGUAGUCUGGCGACGGGGGCGUUCUUAGGCGGGCAAGAUGAGAUCUGGAAGGAGGUCUGGUCGGACGAGCUCGGCCAGCAAUUCGGUCGCGCCCAGGUGAAACUCGCCCAUAUCGUCAAGGACACGCAGCCGGCCCAGUAUUGCUCAAGGACGAGGCGCGGUCCCCUCUACAUCCCCAUCAUGAUCCCCCACGUCACUUAUCCGCGCACAUUCUAUCACCAAAAAGAGCACACCACCGCGGACCUGCGUCACUGCCUCCAUUACGAUGGGUCCGAGGCGUUCUACCCGCCCCUCAUACUGGCUGGGAAAUCUCGGUGGGACUUUACCCUAGCGGAAAUCGAUGAUCCCGAGGAGCAGACGACGGUGGGGUGGAAUAUGGUGGCGGAGAUGGUCAGGCGGUGGAUAGGGGAUAGGGCCGAGUAUCUGACAAGGAUCGACGAGGAGGACAAGCCAACUCUACCAGAUACGCCCUAUCUCGACCUGGACAUCUACGUACCGAGGGCAAUGUUGAGGCCUGAUACCAAGGAAACGAUGUUGGAACUGUUGGGUCAGAUAAGGGAGACGCAAUUGGCCACGUCGAAUACGUCCGAGUCGCAAUCUGGGAAAGACGUUAUCCGGUGGCACAAGCUCGAGGAUGCUCCUAAGUGCGAAGGUUGUGGGUCUCUACCGACGAUCUUCCGGGAGAUGAUGGCCUGUAAAGGGGAUUUUGGUGUUCUCAUCCGUGGUCAGAGUCACACUGUGGAGGGAAUCCUCCCCAAGAAAUGGGCCCCUCGCGGCUCGCACGACAACCCGUACCUUGUCGCGGACUCGGACGAUGAGCGGGAGGUGGCAGUCCCGCCGCAGCCGGCUGUCGGCGCAGGACUGGUGCCUCGACCAAUCGUUCCGGAGCAGCCACAACUCUGUGCAAAGAAGCGGAAGCCCAGUCACGCCUAUCGACAGCCUGCAUGCCGGCCGAUCAAAGACAUUCGGAAACACGACCUGUGGAAGCACGAUAUCGCUCAUAGGUCAGGUAGCUCAAUCCACCACAGGCAUCGUCACCUGACCCUCAUGAUGGACCCUGAUGCCAAUUGGGCUAUCGUAGAUGAGCUUGAGGGACCGAGCAAGGAUGGAGAAGUCGAUGGGCCCUGUCAGAACUGCAGGGCUCAAGAAGAGAAGACAGAUUGCAUUGUGGAGGUCGAGAUUAUCCCUGGCGAACCCCACCGAGUGAUCAGAAGGUGCAUGUGCUGUAUUGUUCAGGAGAAGAGGUGUGAUAUGACCCUGCACGGAAAUGCUCACACUCAACAAAUGAUCAAUGCUGUCCGUAACACACCGGCAGUCCGAGCAGCUUUCGGCCUCCGGCAACUCGGCCCUAUCCCCGAUCGCGAACCUGCUACUCUCGGAUCGACCAGCGACGCGGAAGUGCAGGAAGCUGAUCAAAGCCACCUCGCAAGGAGCGUCAAGCGCAGGCGCGUCUUCUCACCCGAUAUCACUCCACCUCCCUCCGCCACGCCAGAAAGAGCCGGUCGCAGCAAUUCGCAGCCGAGUCAAUCGCCAUCGGUGGAUGAAGCCCUCAAUUUGGCGGUCACGAACAUCCAGGAGUUUGUUGAGCGGAUGAGGAAGAUGCUUGUAGAUCAGAUGGGCGACUACGAGAUCAAGAUCCUGUUUGAGGGACGCAGCUUGAGCACAGGAGCCGGGACCAGGGUCGCCAGCGCCAGCGUAUCAUCUGCGGUCACAUUCAUCGGCGCCUUCACCCAAGAGCUCAAGGAUAUACUGGCGGGACAGGCGGAAGGUGGAAAGUUGCGCUUUGUGAUGAAGAACAUGUUCACCGUAGUGAACGGACAUAUUGACACCUUGCAGCAACUUUGA